UUUUUACUUUUUAUUACAUAAUAGGAUAUGUCGUUGUCGAUUUGUGAUGACAAGAAGAGUAUUGUGGAGGAGACUGCAGGAUUCAAGAUAUUCCUGAGAGACAUUAGCCAGCCGAUGGUGGAUGCGUGGAGGGAUACACAAGCCUUUGGAUGUGAGUCUUUCACAGACUCCAUACAGAUAUCUCAAGGUGAUAUAUUCCAAGGUGCUCCGGCUGCAGACGCUAUAGUGUCACCAGCUAACAGCUAUGGCUUCAUGGAUGGUGGGAUUGAUAUGGUCUAUUCCAGACACUUUGGUUGGCAGAUGCAGGAGAGGCUACAGAAACUUCUGAGGGAAGAGCAUGAUGGAGAGCUACCAGUCGGUCAGGCAGUCAUCAUUCCAGCGUACUCUAGCCUCCAGGGGGAGGGGUCUAACUUGUCUCCCAGUGUAAACCAGGGUACACCUAUCAGCUAUCUCAUUGCAGCACCUACUAUGAGGAUACCUACCAAUGUCAGCAAAACUGUCAAUUCCUACUUAGCCUUCAGAGCUAUACUCAGAGAAGUGAGGGAACACAAUCGUUGUCAUCCUGACAAGCUCAUUAGCUCCGUGCUGUGUCCCGGAUUAGGGACUGCCGUCGGUAGGAUGCCUUUCAUGAGAUGUGCCCAUCAAAUGAGAACUGCUUAUAAUGCUGUCAUCCACCGCAAUGUUCCUGCUAUCAAUUGUCCUCGUGACCUUAGUGAACCUUGCUCUGCACAUGUGCAGUUGACUAGGUUUGGGGAGAAUUCUGGAACCAAGUUCCCACCCAAAGCCACAAUUGGAGAACUUUUUAUAGAACAAUGAACUAUUAGAAACACUUUAUAUGACAUCGUUAUUGAUAACAAUAGUUUGUGUAAACAUGAAGUGAGAGUCUUAUAAUAAUAAUACAGUCAAUAA